AUGUUCCACUCCACGGCGGCGUAUCCGGAGAUGCCCUCGAUGGCAACCACUGGCGGCCACAGCGCCGUGUCGUUCCACCAGACGGCCAACGGCUCCACCACGGCGCCUGUGUACGUGCCCUCUAGCCGCGCCCUGCCGCCCUCGCAGUAUGCGCCACACGGUGGCCCCUUCGCCGGCGCCACGCAGAACGGCUGGCCGACGGACGGCUUCGCUUCCACCCACUCGCAGCUGCCGCCGCAGUUCUACGCGCAGAACGCCAUGAUGAUGAGCUCGUGGCGAGCCUACGAUCCCACCAGAUUCCAAAGCACAUCUCCUUAUGACAGCGCACUGGAUUACCAAUUUGGCGAGGGUCGCGAGUGUGUAAAUUGCGGGGCGAUAUCAACGCCAUUAUGGCGAAGAGAUGGAACUGGCCACUAUCUCUGCAAUGCCUGUGGCCUGUAUCACAAGAUGAAUGGAAUGAAUCGACCACUCAUCAAGCCGAAUAAGAGACUGACAGCCACCCGCCGCCUCGGCCUGUGCUGCACGAAUUGUGGCACAAGAACGACCACCCUGUGGCGGCGGAACAACGACGGGGAGCCUGUUUGCAACGCUUGCGGGCUCUAUUACAAGCUCCACGGAGUCAAUCGACCGCUAGCUAUGAGGAAGGACGGGAUUCAAACGCGGAAGAGGAAACCGAAGAAAAACACAUCGAGUAGCGUGGAUGGACUGAAUUUGGGAGGGAAGAAGGACGAAUCUCAUGACGAUAUCAAGCCAGCCGUUGGAGCCCUCAGUAAUAGCACAAUGACCCACUCGACUGAUCGCAGCACCAGCACGAAGUCUCUGCAGCCGCACAACGCCAACAAAUCCCACAUAGUGACGCCCGCAUCGCGGACUCACGCCCACCAUUCGCCCCUCCAUCCCCAAUCGUACAACUUGGCGGCCAGCAUGACGCCGACGUCGCACCAGAGCGCCAAUUCCAGCGGCUCGCCUGUAGUCACGGCCGCCAAAUAUGAUCUCACGCACGGCCAGACAUCCAACGUGCAUCCGCCGCACUCGGGCUACCUGCACAAUAACCUGCCCGCGUCCUUCGGCGCCGUUAAGACCGAGACGCCGCCCACGAACUACGACUAUAUGAACAACUGCAUCCAGAGUGGCUACUUCGGCGGCAGCUUCGGGGCGCAUCUGGCCAACGCGCCGGCGACGCACGGCGCCACCGAACUGGCAGGAUACCAUCAUCAGCACAAUGUGAUCCAGGCAGCUAAGCUGAUGGCCUCUUCGUAGUGCAACAAGCGCCUACAAGGAUGAAGAAUAGUGCAAGUUUGCAGGCAAACGAUCAUAAAGUUUGAAAAGCAUCAUCAACAACAGUGAAACUAUAAAUAUCAUAAAUAAGUAGUGUAAUGACUUCGCCAUCAUUUCUCACAACGAUGGUGCUAUUAUUUAUUUUACUUCAACACAUAUUUCCCGGCAACUCGUUUAUGAACACACACGAAUUGUGAUGUAUAGUGUCCGAGGGGAGUUUCUCAUCGCCACGUUUUCCACCUUCACCAGUGAAAUCACAUAGUUUCCAAUUUAGACA